CUUUCUAACUCGGUGCUUGUUUGACGCUGCGCUCAACUGUGAGAAGCUCUCGCUUGGCGGCGCAGUAACCCUUCCACCGGUGCUGCCAGCGGGCGCGGAUUUGUCUAGCCUUAAGGCCGUGGGAGCUAGCACAGACAACCCAUCAUGGAGAACCAGAUCGAUCUCACGCGCGAAUCGGACGACGACGAGCGCCAAAGCACGGUUGAAUCCGACGCGGCGCUCGCGCGAAGGCUCUCUGCCGAGCUGAACGGCGAGGCGCCGAAGAACAACAAGCGCACCAUCGACCUGACGGCGGACUCGCAGGAGGACGCGGCGCCACCACCGGCGCAGCGCGCGCGGACGGACGCCGUGUCCAUCAAGGAGAUGAAAGAGACGAUCAAGCGGGCGGGCCUCCCGACGAAGGACCUCAUCGAUAAGCCAGGGACCGAGACGCGCUACGCAGAAGCUCUCGCGCGCCUCGCCGAACGCGCGGAGCGCGACGCCGCCGCGGUGGGCGCGCGGCGUGUGACGCUGGCGCCCGUGCCGGCCGCCGCGCCCGGCUCGCGCGUGCUCUCCUUCGUCCUCAGGAACUCCGGCGGCCGGCUGACGGCGUCGUGGGCGGACGGCGAACCGAUGGCGCCGCAGCGCGGCUUCACGCGCCAGUGGCAGGACCGCCGCGUCGUGAAGCUCAAAACGCACCUCAAAGCACCAGGAACCGCCGCGACCGUCUACCUGGCCUACGACGCGGAUGGUGCGCGCGGCGAACAAUGGCAGCGGUCGCCCAUGGCCUACCGGCAAUCGGGCUGUCAGGCCAACGGCGCGACGCUCAUGAAGAGCCAGUUUCAGAAGGCCGUGCGCCGGCGGUUGCCGGACGUGGCCGCGAAGGCGUUCCGCGAGCUCCUCACGUUCCCGAAGUCGGGCGGCCUGUUCGUGGCCCUGCGGCGCCUGCUGAUCGUGUCCUGCGAGGACUCGGCGCCGCUCGACGGCAUCAACAGCGUCCUGGUCUGGUUUUUCGCGGCCCAGGGCUACGCACCGACCGAGGCCGACGUCGCGUUCAUCCUCGGCGCCGCCGCCGCGGUCGCGGACUGCCCGCGGGGCCCGACGAAGAAGGACAUCCCCGGCUUUGAUUGGAAGAAGAAGGAAGCCGGGGAGAAGAAGGAGUACCUCGCGGAACUGCCACUCGCCGACGUGUCCCGCGGUUCGCGGCGCGCGCUCGAUCUCCUGUUCGCUGUUGCUAGCGGUGGUAUUGAUAAGUGGGACGGGGACUUGCUGUUGGCCGCGGCGUCCUGGUUCACGGCGCACGAGUACGCGCCCGCGGCGCACUUCGCGCCGAGGCCGCAGGCGUCGCUCGGGCGGCUGCGUCCCGAGGAGUGCAUUCUCGCGGCCGUCGAUGGGGAGGUCGGAGCCUACGGCAAGAAGCGCGCCCCGAUCUUUGACGUCAUGGAGCAGGUCGACCCAGCGAUGAAGCGCGUGAAAUUUGACGGGGAGGGAGGGCUCCAGAAGUGGAUGGGCAUCACGCGGCAGUUUGUGCGGGCGCGACAGUCGUACACCCCGAAAGAUGAUCACCCGGAGUGGACCCGCGUCGCCGACGAGGCGGCGCGACGCCUCAUCGCCGCGGCGGUCGUCUCAAACCCGCCCUGGUGA